AUGGCUAGUGGCGGCGACGACCUUGGCGAGGCAGGCGUGGGGCUGGAGACCCGCCGCGUCCACGACUGGGUUCCCGAGGGGAUGGAAUUGCGGUUUGCUUUCUUGGUGAACAUUAGAAGGGAGCGAUUCAUUGUGGAUGCAAAGGAUCAAAAGAAAUUCCAAGGAGGGUUUGAUUAUCGGUUGCCAAUGGAUUGUAAUUGGAAUUUUAGACAAUUUGGCGAGGUAAUUUGCGGCCCAUAUCCUUGGGGUAUGCAUGAUGAAGUGGAAUUCAAAUACUACGAUGGGGGAAUUGAUUGGGUGAAAGUUAGUAAUGAUGAAGAGCUCGCUACCAUGUUUGCUAAGCAUAAGGAGAAAGAGCAAUUUCAUGUGAGGCUGCAAAAUGAUGUGGUUGUGCCGGCAGUUGGAACUUCUCGGACAGAUUCAUGUCGUCGUAAUGGCAGCUCUAGCCAGAACAGUUCAGUUAGGGGAGCUUCAGUUAGUGCACGGCGACGUGGUGGCUCGUCAAACAUGGGCACCGGCAGUAGGGUCCCAAGAGAAGUGGAGCCUGAAUACAUCGAUGAUGAAGAGAGGCUAUAUUCUGAUGUUGUGCAGAAUUUACGACGGCCAUGUCGGGCUGAAAACCGAGAUGAGUGUGACAAUGAGGCUUUUGUGAUUGAUAAUGAGGAGGUUGAGGACGAAGACCUUCCAGCUAUUGAAUGGGACCCUGCAAACUCUCAGAUGGAAGAAGGUACCAUCUUUGCAUCCAUGAGUGAGUGUAGAAAUGCACUUGUGACAUACUGCAUCAGGGCAGAGCGUACAUUUGAAGUUGACAAGAGCGACAGAGUACGUUACAGAGUGCACUGUCCGACUGAAGAUUGUCCAUGGAGGAUGCACGCGUCUAAAAUGCGAAAUAGCACGAAUGUUCAAGUCAAAGUGAACCCUUUUAGGCACACAUGCCUGGAAUCAACCCUGAGGAAGGAAACAAUCAGUAGAGCCAAGUCAAGAUGGGUGGCUGAAGAAGUAAAACGGUGGGUGACAGAAGACCAUCAAGUGGGUACAAAGGAGUUGCAGAAGAAGCUCAAAGAAAAGUUCAAGAUAGAGGGUGAAGUGGAGAAGACCAGCCCGGGUAGUAUUGUAGAUAUUGAUCACCACACCGUGGAGUACACGUUGAGGGGAAUGACAAUGACCAAAGAGUGCUUUAGAAGGGGAGGUUUAAAGGACGAUGCUUGCAAGGGUUUAGAAGUAGCCGUGGACAAUGUGUUCCCUGGAGUAGAGCAUAGGGAAUGCAUGCGUCACCUUGCUGCAAAUUUUGGGAAGAAAUUCAAAGGAAAGGUGUAUGCCGACAAUUUAUGGCCAGCAUCUUUGACUUGCAGUGUGAAGAAGCACAACUAUCACAUGAGGCAGUUAUACAAAAAUGACAAAGUGAAGGAAUACUUGGAAACACACCACUCCAAGUUAUGGGCCAGAAGCCAAUUCAGUGAAGUGAGCAAAGUUGACUAUGUGCAUAAUAAUCUUGCAGAGUCUUUCAACUCAACGAUCCGAAAACUAAAGGGUCUUUAUUUGGCGGAUUUGCUUGACAAGAUAAGGGUAGAAUACGUGCAGAAAUUUCUUGUUCGAGCAGGAAUAGCCGAGGCAAAAUUCAUGGGACACAUUAUAAUCCCUUCCGUGAUGAAUGAAUUGAAGCGAGAAAACAAGAGGCUUGGAAAUGGACAUGACUCGUUGCUCAGCUACGACGGCAGAGGUAUCAUUUUUGGAUAA